AUGACUACGACGAUUGGUAUGCUGCAAAACAACGGGUUGGUCAACCCUCAGGUGCAGAAAGUGGGGAGCGUGAGUAACGGGCUCAAGGCUGGAGAAAUGAACAGCAAAGAGCCGGGCGUCGGCAAAGACUUAAAAAACCACAACAUAGGUAAUCUGAAACAAGAAACAAAGUCCAAACCGGUCGAACUUCCGCAUGUAGCGGUUAAUCAGGAACCGUUGGCGCUUUUGAUUCGAAACCUGACAGUUUUCUCAAUCAAAGAACUUGCACAGUUUUUCAAGACCAGCGUGCACUCGAACCAAGACCCUAGUGCGAAAAAGACUACAUUUUUGCAACUGGUGGUAUUUUUGCGAAACCAAUUCCUCAAGCUUUACGUUUUGGUGAAAUGGUGCCGUACUCUUAAGCAUAACAAUUUCAACACAAUGAUCGAUCUGCUAAAUUGGUUUCGUGGCUCCAACAUGACCGUCAACAACUGCAUAUGGGCAUUGAAAGCUAGUGUGGCAGGCAUGACAAAUGCCAAGCUGCCAAACCCGGACCUCAUAACAGCGCUGGAAGUCCUAAGUCUAGGGAGACCCAAUCUGCCGUCGCACAACUUCACACUCAGUGGCGAGGAGGGAGCCCAAGGAGGUGCCAAGAAAUCAGUUGUUCCGCCGAAACUCAUUUUGAAGACACUGCGGAAUAUGAACAUCAUCUUAUCAGUAAAAAUCUCCCUCAUGGAAAUUCCUGAUCAAUUCAGACACUAUACUGUGAACGAUGGGAGGCUAUACGUCGUGGUGGAAGAUGAAUUCGAAAUUCAGUUAUCCACUACCGACCAAGCAUCCCCGCUUUUCUUCGUCGACCUGAAGUUAUUGUUCAAUGAGGCUUUGCCCUUGAACAAAUACAUGCUUGAAAAAGUCAUUAACGAGGUGUUGUUUAAAAGUCCGAAACCUCUAUUUGCAUUAUACAAGCUUCUUCACAACUACGUGCUCUCAGUCCAAAUGUACAUGAUACAUGCAGACCUCUUGAGUUUGGAGUCCAACAGCAAAUAUGCUGGCGGUAAUCUGGUACAUCACUAUGAUUCACGAAAGACAAUUAUCAACAUUAGGUAUUGGUGCAAUAGCCGGCUUAAAGGCAAAUGCAAUGCCAUAAUUGCUGUGGAAGAGGCUUCCGGAAGUAUUAUUCUGGAGUGGAAUAUCGAAGAGGUUGCAAAUGGAGAAAUCGCAGUUCCUUUGCGAUACGUUAAUGUGCUGAGCAAUCUGGGAAACAUUCUGGAUGAGAUUAUGUUUAACCACUCACAAAUGAUAAAAACAGAAUUGUUGUCCACUGGAGUGUUGCAGGAAGACGAAGAAGUUUCAGAUGCUCUACUUUUUAAUGUUCCCUCUACCCCGGCAUCGGUCAUUCCCAUUCAAAUUAAAAUCAACACAAUAAGUGGAGUCUUUUACGUCAGAAAUCCGAGCAGUUUGUUGACGUUUUACAUUAACCAGAUGAAUAAGACCAGCACAACUGAGGAAUUUGUCAAAGUUCUAAAUAAGCUCAAACUGGACAAAAUUAUUUCAAUUUUGGGAAACAUGUUUGAAAAAGUUGGCUGGACCUCCAACAAUGUUGUUAAACUUGACGCCCCAGUCUCAAAAGACCCCAGCUGGGCGCAAAAGAAAAUCUUGUUCCGAGAAUUGUUUAUCAGACUCGAGAAUUGGCCUUCUAAUUGGUAUCUCAUUCUCAGCGUAAUAUCGUCAAAUACCACUUGCAUGAUUGAAAAGAGAAUUGGGAAGAUUGCCGCCGCAAAAGGCAAGUGGGAACUCAAAUACCUCGACAGCGAGAAUACUUCAACACUCAAACUUGAGUCCAUGACCUAUCAGAAAAUGAUCCACUUGAAGAAAACAAGCCUGCAUAAGAUAGUCGACCACAUGAUCAUUGAUUCUCUUAAUGGGCUUAAUAUGCGCAACAGGAUAUGCUCUAGAAAGCAGUUGGGGUCAAUUCCGAAGUACAUUGUGCCGGAGGAUCAAUCGCACCACUCGUCUGUUUUGGGGAUUGAAUUAGAGUCAUUCGUGGGAGGCACAUCAGCUUUAAAACAUAUCCUAGAGGAUACAUUGUUUCUGCGGAUCGACUAUCAUAUUAGUGAAAUAAAGCUUUUUGGAAAGUUCAGACAAAACUGCAAGGCUUUAGGAAACCAGUACAAUGAAACUUUAUUGCACUUCACGGGGGAAGGUGCUUUAUCGUUUUUCAUGUCGGAACCUUUCACAGAUCUCAACAACAUUGUGCAACAUUUCAACACAUUUAAACAAAAACUGAUGCAAAUUGUGACCCUGACGGACGUGAUCGAAGAACUGCACGGGUUCUACUCCGAAAAUUUCAGCAUCGUAGCAUCAAAACCCAACGAGAUUUCCUUCAAAUAUCUGAAGAACAGCAAGGACCAGUACGAUUGUCGGAUCCUUCUGCAUACAAACGAUCACAGCGUCGAGAAUCUGGACAUCGAAUUAUCACCGAGCAACCCGCAACACAUCUUCCAGCCCUUCAUCGAGUCCAGCAAACUGGACUAUCACUUUGUGUUCAACUACCUGCAAUUCACCUCUGGCUUUUUUGGCAUUUUAGAUUCAAUCUUGACUACUUCAGGCGGCCAGGCAAAAUCCAAAAACGAGUUUACUACGAUAUCUCUACAACUGCACAACCUUUCCGAAUACGAAUUGAUCUACUACAACAACCAAACCAACACCAAGAUCACGUUAAUGAUAGAGCUGCGUAACGUGUUUUUAAACGGAUCAAAAAAACUGCAGUACUUUGUACACUUCGCAGAAGACGAGCAUAUUUCGACCAAGAGUCCAGCAUAUCCGCUGGUCCACAAGGUCCGCAACACGGUUUUCAUGGUUGACAGCACAUCCAUAAUCGCGGGUGACGAAAUUUCUAGUUUGAACUCGCCUAAACGAGUCAAACCAAGCUCUUUGAUAAAGCUCACAGAUGGUGUAUGCUGUGGAGCCGCUGAAAUAGCGUCAGUGAUCGGAGACAUCCACGACAUCUUGAAAGUCGACUGCGUCUAA